AAAUAAUCAUGACGUAUUGUUAGUAGCUUAUAAGAAAGGAAUUUAAUGAAAUAUAAUCAUUUCGUGGGCAUACGUAGUUUUAAAAUUAAGAGCUGUAGUUUCAUACAAAGUGGUGAAAUUUCGUUAAUCGUAAUUUUACACAUAUAUCAAAAUAGUGUUAGUAGUAUUUGAUAAAGUACUAAAUACUACUUGUAAAAUAAAUACCUAGAUUAAAGAAUUCUCCACAUUUGAUUUUUUGAGAUACGCCCAUUAAAAAAUGGAUUUUGAUGAUUUUGGUGCCAAUAGAGAAGAAAUUGAUCCAGCUGCAGAAUUCUUAGCACGUGAGCAUUCUGUAUUAGGUGACUUAGAAGCUGAAAUAAUAUUGGAGAGUAAUGUUAAUACAUCUAACAUAGAUGACUCUGUGCCAACAAACGACGAGGGUAUACCCGUAUGUGGAGGAUUAGGGUCGUCGACAGGCAGUUUCGAGUUAAUUAGUGGUGAAUCAAAUGAUCUUGUAGGUUUGUCUGGUCCUCCGCCUUCGCGAGUAGAACCAGAAAAAAUCCGUUUGUGGCGCGAAGAACAGAAAAAACGUUUAGAAGAAAAAGAUAAAGAAGAGCAACGAAAAAAAGAGGAAUUACGCCAACAAGCUAAGCAGGAACUUGAACAUUGGUUACGUCAAACUGACGACUCCAUUGAAAAAACAAAAACUGCGUCACGGAAUGCAGAAAAACAUUCUGCUGUCUUGGAAAAUGAUGGACAACACACAGAACAAGCUGCAGAGUGGGAACGCAUUGCAAAGUUAUGUGAUUUUAACCCAAAAGUCAACAAAUGUGGAAAGGACGUUUCUCGUAUGCGUUCCAUUUACUUGCAUCUAAAGCAAACACCGAUUUCAUCACAGAAAACUGUUCAAAUAUGAAUGUUGUAACACUAAUUUCGAUAAUGCAUGUUACAAAAUUAUAUCGAUAAUGUUUAUAACUAUGGAUUCAUAAAUUAAAAUUAUUUGAGUUAGCUAAUGCAAAUUACUUCUUUAUAUAAAAUAUAUGAAUGACAAAAAUAAUAUUAGGCUAUAGAAUUUGGAUAUAAAAACCAAACGAAUUAUUUAAAUUGUAUUUUACAAUUAUUCUAAUGUUUAAAACUUCAAAAUUAAAUUUACUGAAUGAGCAAAUGGUUUUAAUGGCUUCAAAGUUUUAUCAUACUGAAUUUAUUUUGAAUUAACUUCAUUUCUGUAUUAUGAAUUAGCAUUAAAUCAAACUACUUACAUGACUAUUUAGUAGCAGUGGUAUACAAUAAAAUCUGUAUAAUAUCAAUAAAUUGAUUUUUGUCUUCAUAUAAUAUUUGUUGCGGUGAUGAACUUGCAUAUAAAAUACUUUUAGUCAGUUUUAUUUACAUUACAUUGUUUUGAAAUAUUAAUCCAAAUUGUCCCCGUAGCAAUGAUGUAGUCAGACAAAGUGUUAUAAAAAUUUAUGUCCGUAAACUUUGAAAGUUGUAUUUUUAUGGUUUGUGGUGAAUGCUCUGAGAUUUCAAUAAAAUAUCUUGUUUCCCAGCCAGCAUUUAACAACGCGGAAGAUUAAAAAUAUUAUCGCCCAGCUAUUGUUAACACUCGCGAACGUGCAUGCGAAAUCAUCGCGGAAUAGUGUUUCGACUG